CCCCACCCCGUUGCUAUGGGCGUGGCCCUGCCCCCCUCACGAUGCCCCCGCCCUUCCGCUCCUCCACUUCCGCUUCCGCCGCCGCCGCCGCCGGAAGCGCUGAUUGCCGCCGCUGCAGCCAUGGCCUCAAGGUUACUGCGGGUGGGCGCGGCGCUGCGGUUUCUGCCCGCCGCUACCGGCCGGGCUGCGCCCGUAAGGAGCUUCGCUGCGCCUGGCGACCUCGCCACGGAUGAGGAGCAGGCGACGGGGCUGGAGCGGAAGGUGCUGGAGGCCAUGAAUAAAGGCCUGGAUCCCUACAGCAUGUUCCGGCCGAAGCGCUACGCGGGCACCAAGGAGGACCCCAACCUCGUGCCUUCCAUCACUGAUAAACGCAUCGUGGGCUGCGUCUGUGAAGAGGACAACAGCUGUGUCAUCUGGUUCUGGCUGCACAAAGGGGAGGCGCAGCGCUGCCCGUCCUGUGGCUCUCACUACAAACUCAUCCCACACGAGCUGCCCCACUGAGAGCCCCCCCUCCUCAGCAGCCCCCAGGGGGGGGUUCCUGGGCUGCGAGACCCCCCUCCCUCCCCCAGCACCCGUCUGGUUUUCAAAAGCUGAGCCGCUGCAGCGCUUGUUCUGCUGUGUCCCCCCCACCUUAUAUAGAAAAAGAACUGUGUGUGGAAA